CUCCGAUUUCCGCGCGCCUCUUUGGCAGCUGGUCACAUGGUGAGGGUGGGGGUAAAGGGGGCCGCUCUAGCCUGCGGCCUGUGUCUAUGGUCGGGCCCGUAGCGUCCAGCUGCCCAGGACAGACCUCGAGUGUAUGGCGCUGCAGGAACCGGCUCCGGGGUCCGGAUAACGGGCCGACCCCGCAGCUCCUGACACGGGGCGAGGCUCUCUUCUGGUCUGAGAAUGGCUACCUCCCGAUAUGAGCCAGUGGCUGAAAUUGGUGUCGGUGCCUAUGGGACAGUGUACAAGGCCCGUGACCCCCACAGUGGCCACUUUGUGGCCCUCAAGAGUGUAAGAGUCCCCAAUGGAGGAGGUGCUGGAGGGGGCCUGCCCAUCAGCACCGUUCGGGAGGUGGCCUUACUGCGGCGUCUGGAGGCUUUUGAGCAUCCCAAUGUUGUCAGGCUCAUGGAUGUCUGUGCCACAGCCCGGACUGACCGGGAGACCAAAGUGACCCUGGUGUUUGAGCAUGUGGACCAAGACCUCAGGACGUAUCUGGAUAAGGCACCCCCACCAGGCUUGCCAGUGGAGACCAUAAAGGAUCUGAUGCGUCAGUUUCUAAGAGGCCUGGAUUUCCUUCAUGCCAACUGCAUUGUUCACCGAGACCUGAAGCCAGAGAACAUUCUGGUGACAAGUGGUGGGACAGUCAAGCUGGCUGACUUUGGCCUGGCCAGAAUCUACAGCUACCAGAUGGCCCUUACCCCUGUGGUUGUUACACUCUGGUAUCGCGCUCCGGAAGUUCUGUUGCAGUCUACAUAUGCAACACCCGUGGACAUGUGGAGCGUUGGCUGUAUCUUCGCAGAGAUGUUUCGUCGAAAGCCUCUGUUCUGUGGAAACUCUGAAGCUGACCAGUUAGGCAAAAUCUUUGACCUGAUCGGACUGCCCCCAGAGGAUGACUGGCCCCGAGAUGUGUCUCUACCCAGAGGAGCCUUUUCCCCCAGAGGGCCCCGGCCAGUGCAGUCGGUGGUCCCUGAGCUGGAGGAAUCUGGAGCACAGCUGCUGCUGGAGAUGCUGAGUUUUAACCCACACAAGCGAAUCUCUGCCUUCCGAGCGCUGCAGCACCCUUAUCUACACAAGGCAGAAGGUGACGCAGAGUGAGCAACGGAAUGGCUGGAACAGAACCAAGGCGAGAGACCACCAAAUUUCCCUUCCUUUGAACACUUGAGUGGAGAGCCCCACCACUGAGAAGGCAACCUCUGCCUUCACCUCUGAAGCUGUGGCGACUCCUCCUCCAACUUUUUACAGACAAUAUUUUACUGCCUUAACGACAUUCCCCUCCCACCCUUUUGAGGCUUAUCCUUAUCCUGUGUCCCUACACCAAGGGGUAUGUCCCUUGUUCUCUCCUUCUUUAUACCUUUAUAUUGGGAUCCUUUUUUAUACAGGACAAACAAAACAAA